AUGCUGGCAGGAGAGCGUCCAGGAGAGGCAGCACAGGGUUCCGGGCUCAACCCGCCUCCGACUCACACGAUGCCGAUUUCGCAGGGACAGACGGCGCCGACCUCCGAGAUGCAGCCGGCGGCCGACCGGGUGGACAGCUGGAUCAGGUUCCAGCAGGCCUGCUUGCCUGCGCAGGCGCUGCCCGAGUCCCCUGGGCGGCCCCACAUGGUAGUGCUCAAGGUCGGGAAGAUCUCCGCCGUGGAGGUCCCCAUCGAGCCCAGCGGCAAUGCCAAUCAAGGUAAGCCAGCGACGAAGGAGCCCCUCCUCGCCAGCAUCGCGGAGAAGGAGGCGGACCAGGCCCUCCACGUGCACGUCCGGUGCUCCUUGGUGCACCUGCCGCCUUCGGGGGCGCCCUCGGUGUACGGGUCCACCUUCCACGGACCGCGGCUGCGGACCUCGCAGGUGCUGGCGCCCGCCAAAGGCCAAGACCGGAAGCUGGAGGUCACCUGCCAGGCUAAUCCGCCGCAGCUGUUCUUCUUCCACACCCGCUCGCUGGGCAGCAGCUUCCGGUUGCUGGUGGAGGUCGUGGCACGAACGUCGCCCUUCAUCCUCAGAGACGCCCACCUCCCUGUCGGCACCACGAGCGCCCCUUGUUGGCAGGUCGCCAGCCCCCAGCCGCGGGCGCCAGCAAAGGCGGUGAAGCAGCAGGUGCCGAAGCAGCCGAAGAUGGAGGAGGUAGAGCCAGGGAUGGCACUGCAGGUGAUCAGCGACGAGAAGACACUGGCCAAGCAGGGCAAGGACGUAAAGUCGCAGGCGAUUGCCCGCACAAUGGCAGAGUGGAAGACGCUGGCGGGCAAGCAGGUCCAGGUGCUCGAGAAGAACGCUGGCGACAAGACAGUGCGAUGCCAAAUACAGGGCCACACUAGCCCUUGGCUCCUCCCGCUGUCGGUGCUGCGGACAGUUGUUUCGCCCACCACGCCGUCGACCGCAUCGGAGGAGCCAGACACGGAGGGCAUGGUGCCGCUGGGGUGGGCGCUGCUGAGGUUUGACCUCGCCAGCGAGGUCCCCCAGCCGAUCCAGGGGCGCGACCUCCUUCCCGGGAGCCUGCGGGAGCACCUGACCCAGCAGGCGCUGGGCAGCCCGAAGGCGUCGGACGCCAGCCGGCUGGCGGAAUUGGAGUUCUGGCUGGCAACGACCACGGGCCAGAAGGAACCGCGACACGUGGGCGCGCUGGACUGCGAGUUGGAGGUCAACUCGGUGCCUCUCGCGGCCACAAAUGUGGCCAUGACGCUGGUGCCCGAAAAUCUGCCUGCAGCAGCCGGUGCACCUCGCCUGGGCGGGUUGCGCUGCCUUCCCGCGCCGCCCCUCGGCGGGAUGCGCCUCACGGCGGACCUGCACGACGAGGCCCUCUUGGAGGACGUGAGGCUCACGCUGCCCGACAGGUGGAGGGACGAGUUCCUGAAGCAGCUGCCGCCGCCGAGGGAGGGCCUGGAGGGCUCGUGGCGGCUGCUCGCGCCCGGGCUCCAGGCCCUCGCCGGCGGGCACAACGGGCUCCGCUGGCUGCGGCUGCCAGGACAGCGGGGCCAGCCCCCGCCGCCCGGCUGCCAGCCGAACGGCGACGAGGCGGGCCCGGCCUGGACCCUGCCCCUGCACUGGCCGGCGCAGCGGACGGCCUCCCAGCCCGGGCAGCCGGAGGACGCGGAGCGAUACGUGCACAGGCCCCAGUCGCGGUGCCGCUGCUGCUGGUGA